AUGGAGGAGACCAACACCACAGACCUGUCCCUCAGCAACGUGACAUCUGGAUAUGAACACUUCCAAUAUAUUUAUCCAUCUGACUGCAUACGUCAUUAUUGGUUACUGAUCAUUGCAGGUGUCAGUAUCUGUAUUUGCCUGUGUGGCCUCAUGGGGAAUAUGCUGGUUCUGUGGUUCCUGGGCUUCCAGAUGAAGAAGAAUCCCUUCACUGUCUACGUCCUGAAUCUGGCCGUUGCUGACUUACUCCUGCUUCUCUUCCUUCCUGCAUAUUUUACUUUAGACAUUCUUCAACAAAUCUAUUGCCUUUCCCCACUUCAAUAUGCUUCAACUUACGAUAUCCUUUCGACCCUCUUUAUGUUUUCCUAUUUUGCCAGCAUGUACCUCCUGUCAGCAAUGAGCCUGGAGAGGUGCCUGUCUGUCCUGUUCCCAAUCUGGUACCGAUGCCAUCGCCCAAAGCACUUGUCCGGCAUCACGUGUGGGGUGCUCUGGGCUCUCGCUGCACUUUUUGCUUCUUUGCUUUCCUUUGCUUGCAUAUUCUAUGUAAGCUGUAGAGAGACGUGGCAUGGCGUGAGCACUGUGAAUAUUCUCAUUUUCUCUUUAUUGCCCUUCCUUUCCAACCUGGCCCUGUUCAUCAAACUCCGCUGUGGUACACGGAGACGACACCCAGGGAAGCUCUAUGUUGCUGUCCUGCUCAGUGUGACCUUCCUGUUCAUCUUUGGGAUUCCAUACAGCUUGAUGGUGUCAAUUAAUAACUAUUAUUCUAAUGAGUUCUGCUAUUACGUUACUUUGCUUCUGACAUCGCUGAACAGCAGCGUCAACCCCGUCAUUUACUUCCUGGUGGGGGGCUGCCGGCAGCGCUGCUUCAGGGGCUCCGCCACAGACGCCCUGCGCCGAGUGUUCGAGGAGAAGGCGCCGAGCGAGGACGGGAGCCGCGGGCCGGGGGACACUGCGGCCGAGACCUCGCUCUGA